AAAGAGUUACACAGAAAAGGAGAGGUAGAGCUAGAGGUAGAGAGAGAGAGAGAGGUCUUCCAUCUGCUGGUUCACUCCCCAGUUGGCCUCAAUGGCCAGAGCUGCACCAAUCUGAGCUGGGAGCUUCUUUCAGGUCUCCCACAUGGGUGCAGGGGUCCAAGGACUUGGGCCAUCUUCUACUGCUUUCCCAGGCCAUAGCAGAGAACUGGAUCAGAAGUGGAACAACCAGGACUCAAACCGGCCGGCCAUAUGGGAUGCCGGCACUGCAGGGGGUGGCUUAACCCACCAGGCCACAGAGCUGGCCCCAUAGCACAUUUUAAGAGCCGUGCCAAACUGAUCUCUCCAUUGAAGAAUAAAGCAUCCUAUCUUCCUUAGGUUGUUCCUUUCAGAUCGAACUGGGAGCCAAAACAAAUCAUGCAGAGUCCAUCUAUCAGGAGUUAUAAUAAUUUGGACGUGGUUUUGUAAAAUCUGUUGCCUGUAAUAUCUCUGGGGGAUAUACUUAUAUUUGACAAGGUUAAUCAGAGACACCAGAACAGAGGUUGGGGCCAACUAGAAACUAAGGUUAGCAGCUGUUUGUUUUCAAACUCCAUUUUAAGAGUAGACUUAUCUGGGAAGGAAUUAAUCUUGAAUGUAAGAAGUUCUUUGGUAGGCAAGAUAAUCUUUGAAUUUGCAUGAAAAAGUACCUGAUACUACCUGCCUAGGCCAUGUUAGCAUCAGGAUUCCACAAAGCACAGGAAACAUCUUUAAUCUUCUUUUCACAUUUGUAGAGGUAUGAUGAUACUUACCUUAUUAUAAGGACUGUUAGAUAACACGAAAAAAAUGUGUGUAUUAUUAUUUAGUGAACUAUUCAAGGUCUGCAAUCAGGUUUUUCAAAUUUCUGGUUCAUUAAUUUCCCAUUUAAAAAAAUUUUUAAAUUUAAAGUAAACAAAUUUCAUGUAUUCCUUGUAUACAGAUUUAGGAACUUAGUUUGUUUUAGGUGAGGGAGAAUAAUAAAGGAAGGAUUUGGAACCUAAGAACAAGUGAUUUUUUUGUUUAAGGAUGUUCAUAAAAUGUUAUGUACCUUUUUGUCAGCAUCAUUAAGGUAGUGUUUCUGUUCACAGACUCAUGCCUAACACAUUAAAAAUUGGGAAAUCUGUAGGAAUGGGGAAAAUUCAUAGAACUAUUAAAGGUAACUUUACGUAUUUCAAAGCUGAGGUGUUCUUGGCAAAUUAAUAUUUGCCUCGCUAAGUAAAUUUCUUCCUAGAUCAUCAUUAGCCAUUAUUGUCUCAAAUUCGAGAACUGUCUAAAUCUAGAAAAGAGACAAAUUGUGACUCUAACAACAAAGUGUGAAGUUCAGUCAAUUCCCUCUGAAAUGGUCCUUGAUGUUACAUGGAUAUUGAAUGACCUUUAUACACUAAGGAAUAUGCAGCUGCAGAAUAUUAUUAGUUUAUUAGGUAAUAUGCUGACAUGCUUAAUUAUUUUGUAAACAAAUCAAAUUUUUCUUGGUGCUAAAAAUUUCCACUUAAUUAAAGACAUGAAUGAGAAAGAAGGAUGGAGGGGAAAAGAUAAUCCAUGGUUAAUGCUGAUUAAUUAAUUAAAGAUAAUCCAUGAUUACUACUUCUUUAGUCUGAUGUUUCUGAUUGUUGUACCUGAAAAGUUUUUUUAGUUUGUUCAUCCUUCAUUUUUUAAAAUAACAGACUGUGAACGUAUUUCACAACUUCUCUCCUCUGUCAGCUUCACCAAUAACUGUUUUAUCUGAUGUUUAGCCUAUUUUUAUACUUUUUAAAAAAAGCAUAGUAACUCAGCCAGGUUUCUAUUUGAGUUCAGUGCAAACGGAAUUAGAUUAUUUGUAUUUUUUUUUCCUUGAAACUAUGCGGUUUCCUUUAUUUGCUGAUUAUGGUAUGCAGUUACUAAGCCUAUGAGAAGCUCCUCUGUGAAAUGCAUUUUAAUAUUUAGAUCAAAGAGAGAUUGGAAUACAUUAAUGCCCAGUGGGUAAACGUGUCAUUUGAAAGCAGCUGCCGAGCCUUCUCCCUGCUGCUCCAAUUAACACAUACAGCACACACUUGUCAGCAAGGGGGCUGUGGGUAUGGAUGAAACCACUUUGCCACUCAUUAAUACAGUAUGCAAGAGAGCACUCAGGGUUAAUCAGCGAACCGCUUGCAAAACAAUAGCUUUCUAGGAAGUUUCCUAACACGUGCUUUGAGAUCAGGGCUGCCUGGAUUAGCUGCGGGAUUAGCAGGUAGGAAAAAGUAGGUUCAGGCUCUAUCUUUGGUUCAGUCCAAGUACUCAGUGCCUUUCUCCGCCCCUCUCUUCUCCUCCACUCCCGCCCCUGAUGAUGGAGACGUUGGGUAGGGAAAUUCUAGCGCUGGGACUCCACUUGCCCUCAGCCCGAUCUCUGGAACUUUGUUUUGCUUUGAAGCUGUUUGAAGUCAAACUCUUUCCAGAUUAUUUUUUCUCUUAGUCUCUCUUUGUCGUUUCACUUUGUCUUGCCUCAUUCCCUUUUUUGUUAAAUUGCAGUUUUGAGAGUUUCUUGAGCUAAAUGAGAAAUCUCCUUAAGGUAAACCCAUACCCCGGGGGGCUUUCCCCCCUCCGAUGGCUGACAUCUCUGCAUUGAUGGUGGCACAGAGGCAGAUGCGAGAGUAGUGCGUCCUGGUCCCCAGCUUUGGCAUUGGUCUUUCAUGCUCCACCGGCUCCCGGAGCAGCUGCGCUAUUGCUGCGCGCCGGUGCUCCCUGAGCUGGGCUGUGCCGGGAGAGAUGGAGCGCUUCCUGGGUUUUGUCAAGCAGAUAAGAAGAUCUAGGAGAAGAAAGGGGAAAAAGUACCGACCAGAAGAGGAUUACCACGAGGGCUAUGAGGAUGUCUAUUAUUACGCUUCAGAGCAUUUUCGAAAUGAGAGUCCCUACACUAAAUCCGCCAGCCAGACAAAGCCGCCUGAUGGAGCAUUGGCUGUGAGGAGACAGAGCAUUCCAGAAGAGUUCAAGGGCUCCACCGUUGUUGAACUGAUGAAGAAGGAAGGCACGACCCUGGGUCUGACGGUGUCGGGAGGAAUUGAUAAGGACGGCAAGCCAAGGGUGUCUAAUCUGCGGCAAGGAGGAAUCGCUGCCAGAAGUGACCAGCUGGAUGUGGGUGACUACAUCAAAGCAGUGAAUGGGAUCAACCUGGCCAAAUUCCGCCAUGAUGAGAUCAUCAGCUUGCUGAAGAACGUCGGGGAGAGAGUGGUUCUUGAAGUCGAGUAUGAACUUCCACCAGUCUCUGUACAAGGAUCAAGCGUUAUUUUCCGAACGGUGGAGGUCACGUUACAUAAGGAAGGCAAUACAUUUGGUUUUGUAAUACGAGGGGGAGCACACGAUGAUAGAAAUAAAUCUCGCCCAGUUGUGAUAACAUGUGUUCGUCCUGGAGGGCCUGCUGACAGAGAGGGCACAAUCAAACCUGGUGACAGGCUGCUCAGUGUGGAUGGGAUUCGGCUUCUGGGAACCACACAUGCGGAAGCCAUGAGUAUUCUCAAACAAUGUGGACAAGAAGCAACGCUGCUGAUUGAAUACGAUGUCUCAGUAAUGGAUUCUGUGGCAACAGCAUCCGGACCACUACUUGUUGAAGUUGCCAAAACUCCUGGUGCCAGCCUUGGGGUUGCCCUAACUACCUCAAUGUGCUGUAACAAACAGGUCAUUGUCAUAGAUAAAAUCAAAUCUGCAAGUAUUGCAGACAGGUGCGGCGCCCUGCACGUGGGCGAUCACAUCUUGUCCAUCGACGGCACCAGCAUGGAGUACUGCACGCUGGCAGAAGCCACCCAGUUCCUGGCAAACACCACCGACCAGGUCAAGCUUGAGAUUCUCCCACACCAUCAAACGCGUCUGGCGCUGAAGGGCCCCGACCAUGUGAAAAUUCAGAGGAGCGACAGGCAACUUUCCUGGGAUUCCUGGGCCAGCAACCACUGCAGCCUUCAUACCAACCACCACUGUAGCACGCACCACCCUGAUCAUUGCAGACCAUCAGCCCUGACAUUCCCGAAAGCGCCUCCUCCAAACAGCCCUCCAGCUUUGGUGUCUUCAUCCUUCUCUCCUACCUCCAUGAGUGCGUACAGCCUGAGUUCCCUGAACAUGGGAACUUUACCUCGAAGCCUCUACUCUACCAGCCCACGUGGAACCAUGAUGAGGAGGAGACUCAAAAAGAAAGACUUCAAAAGCUCAUUGUCUUUAGCCUCUAGCACAGUAGGACUGGCUGGGCAGGUUGUCCACACAGAAACCACAGAAGUUGUGCUGACAGCAGAUCCUGUCACAGGAUUUGGAAUCCAACUGCAGGGCAGUGUGUUUGCCACAGAGACUCUCUCUUCUCCACCUCUGAUUUCCUAUAUUGAAGCUGACAGCCCAGCAGAGAGAUGUGGGGUGCUACAGAUUGGAGACAGAGUGAUGGCCAUUAAUGGAAUUCCAACUGAAGACAGCACCUUUGAGGAAGCCAAUCUGCUCCUCCGAGACUCUUCAGUCACGAGCAAGGUCACUCUGGAAAUUGAGUUUGAUGUUGCAGAGUCUGUCAUCCCCAGCAGUGGAACAUUUCAUGUAAAGCUCCCUAAGAAGCACAACGUGGAACUUGGAAUAACCAUAAGUUCACCAUCUAGUAGAAAGCCAGGGGACCCCUUGGUCAUUUCAGAUAUCAAGAAAGGGAGUGUGGCUCACAGAACUGGAACCCUGGAACUUGGGGAUAAGUUACUUGCAAUAGAUAACAUCCGGCUGGACAACUGCUCCAUGGAAGACGCCGUCCAGAUCCUCCAGCAAUGUGAAGACCUGGUGAAGCUGAAAAUCCGCAAAGAUGAAGAUAAUUCAGAUGAGCAAGAAAGUUCCGGAGCAAUUAUUUACACCGUGGAACUUAAGCGCUAUGGGGGGCCCCUUGGCAUCACGAUUUCAGGAACUGAAGAGCCAUUUGAUCCUAUAAUAAUUUCAAGCCUCACUAAAGGGGGAUUAGCUGAAAGAACCGGCGCAAUCCACAUAGGAGACCGAAUCCUCGCCAUCAACAGCAGCAGCUUGAAAGGGAAGCCCCUGAGCGAAGCCAUCCAUUUGUUGCAGAUGGCAGGAGAGACUGUCACCUUGAAAAUUAAGAAACAGACAGAUGCCCAGUCAGCAUCCAGUCCCAAGAAGUUCCCCAUUCCCAGCCAUUUGAGUGACCUGGGAGAUACAGAGGAGGACUCCUCUGCCACACCGAAGCCAGGCAAGCUUUCUGACCUGUACCCCUCCACGGUGCCCAGUGUGGACAGUGCUGUGGAUUCCUGGGAUGGCUCCACUAUCGAUGCAAGCUACGGGAGUCAGGGCCCUGGUUUUCAGGCCUCCGGAUACAACUUCAACACUUAUGACUGGAGGAAUCCGAAACAGAGAGGCAGCUUGUCCCCAGUCCCUAAGCCUCGAAGCCAGACUUACCCGGAUGUGGGACUCAGUAAUGAAGAUUGGGACCGCUCCACAACCAGUGGUUUCGCAGGGACUUCUGACAGCGCAGAGGCUGAGCAAGAGGAGAACUUCUGGUCUCAAGCACUGGAGGAUUUAGAAACCUGUGGACAGUCAGGAAUUCUGAGAGAACUUGAGGAGAAAGCUGACAGGCGUGUGUCUUUGAGAAACAUGACUCUCUUGGCAACAAUCAUGUCGGGGAGCACGAUGAGUUUGAACCAUGAAGCCCCAACACCUCGCAGUCAGCUGGGGCGACAGGCCAGCUUCCAGGAACGCAGCAGCUCACGCCCACACUAUAGCCAGACAACUCGGAGCAACACCCUGCCUUCAGAUGUGGGCAGGAAGUCUGUGACUCUGAGAAAAAUGAAGCAAGAAAUAAAGGAGAUCAUGUCCCCGACUCCUGUGGAGCUGCACAAGGUAACCUUGUAUAAGGACUCUGACAUGGAGGACUUUGGGUUCAGUGUAGCAGAUGGCUUGCUGGAGAAAGGAGUAUAUGUUAAAAAUAUUCGCCCAGCUGGGCCAGGCGAUCUUGGCGGCUUAAAGCCCUAUGACAGGCUCUUACAGGUUAACCAUGUCCGAACGAGAGAUUUUGACUGCUGCCUUGUUGUGCCCCUCAUAGCAGAAUCUGGUAAUAAGCUGGACCUGGUAAUCAGUAGAAAUCCACUGGCUUCCCAGAAGUCCAUGGACCAACAGACUCUUCCAGGAGGAGACUGGUGUGACCAGAACACUGCUUUUUCCCAGCAGCUGAGCCAUGGUGGUAAUCUGGAGACACGAGAACCCACUAAUACAUUAUAGCAGCACUUUUUAUAAAGCAGGACAAAAGACGUUAUCUACAUGGUGCUAAAAAUCCCUUUAAGAUUUCUGUGACAUUUGAAGCACAGAUAAUCAUGUGGCAUUAACUGCAAGCACAGGGGUUUUUUAAAUCUCUCUCAUGGCUCAUGUUCACGUCCCUUUUCAGGUUGAAGAGGUUUCUUUUUUGGUGACCACUAUGGUAUAGGGCAGGUAAUUCCCUGCCAAGCCCAAUGGUAGAGAAAAAUAGGUAGGCUGCCCCUCCCCAUGAUUAACAUCAGAGGAAAAUUUUUUACUACAAGUUCAUUUCACUAUCACUUUUUAAAAACAGAAAUGUCUAUUUGAAAAAAUUCUCUAUGAUAAUUUCCUUCACUUUCAAAUCAGUUUCUUACUAUAAAGUCAUAUAAUGUGAGAACUUGACCAACAAUAUGGCUUUUCACAAAGCUGGCUCUACUAGGGAAACUGGUAUUUGGUAAACUGUUGGGCCUGCACAAUGGGAGGGGUACAGGUAUAAAAUUAAGUUAUCUUGAAAUGUUUCAGCAAUGAUGCACGUAGAAGACCAUAAUAGGUGGUGGUAAAUGUUUUGCCCAAAUAUAGGAAUGAUUUUAACUAAGAUGUAUGCUAUUCCCUAUGCAACAAAUGAUCAAACAGGAUAUGUCUUGUGACCUGUUUUUUUUUUAAGGACACAUUUUUAAUAGCUGAAAAGCUCUGAUAAUGAAUUAAAGUAUGUAGUAACACUAAUUAGUUACCGUAUUUUUAAAAUUCAGGACUAAGAACUUAAGAGAGAAUGAAAAGUCCAUUAAAAUGAAGUUCACAUUAAUGAUAGGCAAAUCAAACUCAUAAUGCUUGACAUGUUUUGCAAACUGGUAAUAUUGAGGGGUGCACAGCACAUAUACUUAAAAAUGACACUGGACUAUCUUUUGUUCUGAGCCAUGCCACUUACUGAAAUUGUAAAUACAUUUUUCACAAAAUGCAUUGCCAAUUAUUAUCAUCCCUCAAAGCAAUAAAUUGUGACAGUUGCUUUAAA